UCAGCACACACCACACAGCCGUCUGUAUUCUGCUGCUCUGGAUCCGAAGACCAUGUCUCACAGUAAGAAGAUUUCAGUCGUUGUCCUGGGAUGUGGAAGUUCUUUGAAGAAAUCCCUAAUCACCACCAUCCUAGGGAGAGAUUUAUCUAAACCACCCCCUCCAAAAAAUCUGAGAAAAAAUGAGAUAUAUGAAAAUGAUACAUAUGUGGUCGUGUGUACACCAAAGUUGGAAACAGCAUGUGAAGACAUAAGAGAGUUGUACCAUUAUCGACACCAUGACAUGUCUUUGUUGGUGGUAGAGGACGGGUUUUCAUCGGAAGUAGUGUGGCAACAGAUAGAAAUGCUGCACAGUUUAACUCAAAGACCCACAGAGGAGUUCAGCGUUGUGCUGCCCCUCAGGUAUAAAGAGACCGAUUCUUACCCAUUCAAGUUCUACACCAUAGAGCAAGUUUUCAACAAACUGAGAAAACUGGCCCAAGACGAACAUCCAAUGUCAACUGACAAGAGAGAUGAACAAACUCUGCCUCCUCACUUCAGGCAUCCUGACUAUGCUUUACCAGAUAUGUCAACACCGCACGCUCCGAUGGAGAUGACAGGUGACAGAAAUAGCACAGAGCAAUUCACUGACCCCAAGAAGAGUUUAAAAAGGAUCCACGCUUCGGCCAAAGUGAACCUUGUUCUGUUAGGGAUGGCCGGGACUGGAAAGAGUGCGAGUGGGAACACAAUCCUGGGGAAGAAAAAGUUCACGUCAACAGCCAGUUCAAAGUCAGUCACGACAGAGUGCCAAGAGGCAGAAACCAGGAUAGGCAGUAGGCAUGUUCGUGUCAUUGAUACGCCCGACAUCUUUGAUGAUAAUGUUCAAUCAUCGUUUAAGGACAAAACUGUGAGGAAGUGCAAAGAGCUAUGUCAGCAGGACCCAUGUGUGUACGUACUUGUGAUGCAUGUCAGCAGAUUCACAGACGGUGAAAGAGACAUACUGAAAAAGUUAGAAAAAGCUUUUGGUGAUGGAAUUCGAGAACAAACAGUCAUCCUGUUUACUCGUGGAGAUGACCUAAAACGCAACAAAAUAAGCUUAAAGGAUUUUUUGGAAGAAUGCCAGCCUGAGCUCAACAAAAUAGUCGAGAGGUGUGACAGAAGGUGUGUUCUUUUUGAGAACAAGGACUCGCGUUCAGAUCAGGUGGGCGAGCUUAUGAAGAUGGUGGCGACGGUGUUCAAUGAAACACCAGAUCAGACCAACCACUGGCUAUGGAGUCUAAUCUCUAAAUCUAAAUAGGUCACACUCUGAAAUGAUUCAAUACCUGGAACCGGAUGUUAAACAGGUGUGACGCAUUCAAUGGGGGAUUGAUUUAAUUGUCAUGUUUCUUUGGUACUGGUGCAUGGAUUUUGAUAAAUCAUCCAAAUGUAUGUCUUUACUGUAUAAAAGCUCUCUGUUUCUCACUUAGUUACCUUUUAUAAUUGCGAUAGCGUAAAGUACGUUCACCAAUAAAACCCAGUCAUGUUGUAG